UCAUUCACUGGCCAACAACUCCUAAAGAUACUCGGCCGGAAUCUUCCUAAUUGAAGGUGCGUUUCGGUGGACUUGUCUCACCCACGGGGAGCCUAUAUACUCUUGAAGGGAAAUUUCACGCGGGAGCUCCGAUCGGUUUUCAAUCAUACCAUUGUCUCCCCGAUUCGAGUCUCACGGUAUGUGACAUCAGAAAUCGUACAGCAGUGUCUUCGGGGUUCGCCGGGAUUCCCGUGAAAGCAAACCGCGGCAUCAGCAGGAUCCGAUUGAAUUAGAUUAGUCUGAAAAGAUCUUGCGCUCGACCCAUUGGCUCAAAAUGUUGAGAACCCUCCCGAGAUUGACUCAAAUCGUAUCGAACCUGGCUCCCGCUCUGAUAUCCACUCGAGGACGGGAAUCAUCUUCGAAGACUUCGAAGGAAGAUGUAACCGCCUCUCAAGUCAGCGAGCGAAAACGCAGGUCGAAUCACGACGCUAUCUACAUUUCUGAUCCCGACGUGGCGAGCAUUGUAGCCGAAGAACUCAGAGGGGAUAUCGCCGCCGGGAGGCUCAUCCUUGAAGCGAACCCGGGACCUGGGAUUCUUUCGAAGCAGUUACUAAACUCCGGCGUGCAGCGAUUAUUCCUCUGUGAGCCAACAUGGUCGGCCUUCUACAAUGAUGUGGAACAGAUUCGGGCCGAGAACCCAGACCGCGUGGAACUGCUAAGCGAAAAUUUAGUACGAAUGGCGUCCUUGGCGCGCUUCGACCUCAUCCACGGCUCGAAUCGGCUCGGUCAUUGCUUCCAAACGAUCAAUCACGUGAGCGGCUCCGAUAACCCGAAAAUCACUAUGGUUCUAUCUGUGCCGCGGGCUCGACAGCGGAGAUUCCUCUUGAGCCUGCUACAUUCAUACGCAGCAAGAUCGCUGAUAUUCUCGGUGUCCGACGUCGAGUUCCUUAUGUUUUUGAGUGAGGACGAAUACUCCCAAAUGUUUGCAUGCCGGCGAAUGAAGGCGAGGCCGGCACCGCUGCUUUUCCACAUGUUCUUCAAUCAUCAAUGCUUGGCCUCUGUCGGUGGUGAGGCGUUUCGAUUCAACUCAGAUCGGGAUCUCAUGAGCUCGAAGACGAAGAAACGAUCUGUUAUGAAGCUCGUGAGACUGAGCCCGAGCAACGAGUUCCUCAGUAGGUUCGAUGCACCGGAGAGAGUGGAAGAAUUUUCCUUUUUUGUACGACAAGCCUUCACGAGGGGUGCGACUCUCUUGUACCUAAAUGAGCUGAUUCCGAAUGCGGCUCGGGACGUACUCUUAAAGACUAGAUGGAGUCGGAAGGAGCUGACUCAUCUAAACGUGAACACCAAACUCUACUCCCUGGCUCCGACAGAGCUUCUUAGGUUAUUCGAGCUUCUUUCCGAGAAUCCCCUAUUUCCGCAAUGUCCGUUGGCCACUGCCCAUGAACAGGACAGUCGAACGUUGUAG